AUGGAGCAAACAUCGUCAGCAGGUCCCGUGCAAAUCGUCUCGAUAACGGAAGAUCAUAAAUUUGUACUUGAUGAAAAGAAAUUAAAACAAAUUCUGUUCAACAAACGAGCGAUAGGCAAAAAAAUUGGACUUGUUUCUAUUGCUGGAGAUUUCCGUAAGGGAAAGUCGUUUAUGCUAGAUUUUUUUCUUCGUUAUCUACGAGCAAAAGAGCACAAAGAUUGGAUCGGCAAUGAAAAUGAACCUUUGCGAGGUUUUGAUUGGCGUGGUGGUGCAACACGACACACGACAGGCAUGCUGAUGUGGAGUGAACCAUUCCUUUUAUCAUUACCAAAUGGAGAAGAAAUCGCUGUUUUCCUCAUGGAUACUCAAGGAACAUUUGAUUCCAAUUCAACUGUUUUCGAAAAUGCAUUUAUUUUUGCACUGACAUUACUUGUCAGUAGUGUAACUGUGUACAAUAUUAUGCAUAAUUUACAAGAAGAUAAUCUACAACAUUUGUCCUUCUUCGCUGAAUAUGGUGUUUUGGCAAUCGAUGCAUAUCAUACAUCGCCUUUUCAACAAUUGACUUUCCUUGUCCGUGAUUGGCAAUUCGAAUAUGAAUCAGCGUAUGGGUUCGAAGGAGGAGAGGACAUUCUCUCUGAUAGAUUGAAAAUUCGAGAAAAUCAACAUCGUGAUUUGGAAUUAGUUCGUUCACGCUUACGUCAAUGUUUCCGCAAAGUGAAUUGUUUUCUUAUGCCACAUCCUGGUCUCAAAGUAACCAAUCGAAAAGAUUUCGAUGGACGAUUAUCAGAUAUCGAAGACGAUUUCAAGAAGCAAUUAAAAGUGCUUAUUCCCGAACUUUUUCGAUUGGAUAAUGAAAACUUCAUUAAAGAAAUCAACGGAGAACAGAUCACAUCUACAGAUUUAUUUGAAUAUUUUCGAAGUUAUUGUGCCGUAUUUGCUUCAGGAGUUUUACCAUCACCAAAAGCUAUGUUAGAAGCAACCGCUGAAGCGAAUAAUUUGGCUGCGAAAUCAGCAUCUAAAGAAUUUUACAUUCGUGCAAUGGAACAACAUUGUGGUGGCGACCGACCGUAUAUACAUCCAAAUCAAUUAGAAGUUCUUCAUCAAGAAGUUCGUCGUCAAGCGAUGGAGAAAUUUCGUUGUGCACGUAAAAUGGGUGGCGAACAAAUGUCGCAGACUUAUCUUACGGAACUUGAAAAUGAGAUAGCUGAACUUUGCGCAAAUUAUAAAAAACAUAAUGACUCGAAAAACGUUUUUGCAUUCAGCCGCACACCCACAACAUUCAUAUCUUCGAUGGUUAUAUGUUACUUAAUUGCCGGUUUGCUCGAUACGUUCUGGCUAGGCGGAAUCAAUUUUAUAUUCAUGUUCGCGUUUUGGGUUUGUUUUGCUCUAUUAUUUGUUUGGUUGUACACAAAAUAUUCGGGAGAACAUGCCGAAAUUGGCGAAUAUAUCGACUAUUUUGCCGAUGUUGUUUGGAAUAAUGGAUUUCAACCAGUCUAUUCGAAAUGCUUACAAUCUGCCAUGCGUUCUGUAAUUGGACAUGCUAAAAAUGAUUAA